AUGUCAGUCAAAAAGGUUCUGGUGAUUGCAGGAUCGGACAGCUCGGGUGGCGCGGGUCUAGAAGCAGAUCAAAGAGUGCUGGCUGCCCAUGGCGUCUAUGCACUGACCGCAACCACUGGUCUCACGGCCCAGAACACUCUGGGAGUGCAAGAUAUCUUCAUUAUUCCGUCUUCGUUUGUCAAGAAGCAGAUCAAUGCUGGCCUGGAAGAUGUCGGUGCCGAUGUGGUCAAAUUGGGAAUGCUCUCUUCUGCGGAGACAAUUGACGUUAUUGCCGAAGCUCUGGUCACUCACAAGAUCCCUGCGGUGGUGCUGGAUCCGGUCAUGGUAUCAACGAGUGGAUCGCAAUUGCUCCCCGAAGCCGCUGUACAAAAUCUGCGAUCGAAACUGCUACCUCUCACCACUGUUCUCACUCCGAAUAUCCCGGAGGCUCUGCUGCUCUUGAAGGACUCUGGCGUUGAGGUUUCCGAACCUAACGAUCUUGCUGGAAUGAUCCAGCUGGCCAAGCAGAUUUGUUCCAUGGGCCCCAAAGGAGUCCUGCUUAAGGGCGGCCAUCUGCCUCUCAGAAAGGAUCACAAGAUCGCGCAAAGUCCAGACAAUGCGUCCAAGGUCAUUGACAUACUCUACGAUGGUGAGGAAGUCACCCUGUUCGAAACCGACUUCCUCGUCUCGAAGAACACGCAUGGAACGGGCUGUUCCCUUGCCUCGGCCAUUGCGGCCAACCUGGCCCUGGGCAAGGAGCUGAAGCGGGCCGUGCAAAGCGCUGUCCGGUUCGUUGAGGCUGGGAUCAAGACCAGCUUUGACAUCGGCAAGGGAAGCGGGCCGAUCAACCACUUCCACUCGACGUAUACCCUGCCGUUUGCGCCCGGUCGCUUCAUAGAAUAUGCUCUGGAUCGCCCUGAUGUCCAGGAAGCGUGGGAGAAGUUCACGAAGCAUGAAUUCGUUCGGCAGAUCGGCGAUAGCACACUUCCUGUGGAGAGAUUCAAGGCGUAUCUCGUCCAAGACUAUCUGUACUUGUCUGCACAAAUUGUCCUACAUAUCCAGCGCGAAACCGCGUUACACCUAGAUUACUGUGCCUCCUUCGGGCUGACCAAGGAGGAAAUGGAGAAGACUCCGGAAACCAUCGCAUGCACUGCGUACAGUCGGUAUAUUCUCGAUGUCGGCCAGUCGGGAGACUGGCUAGCGCUACAGAUGGCCCUUGCGCCUUGCUUGAUCGGAUACGGAGCCAUCGCACAACGACUUUACACGGACAAGGAUUCGGUGCGGGAUGGCAACCGCUACUGGAAGUGGGUUGAGAACUACGUUGCCGACGACUACACCGAAGCAGUGCGUCUGGGGUCCGAACUUCUUGAAAAGCAUAUGCGAGAGGUCUCGCCCAGUCGGAUGGAGGAAUUGAUUAAGAUUUUCGUGCGGGCGACGGAGUUGGAGAUCAGAUUCUGGGACAUGGGUAAUGGUGGUUACGGCGGCGGCGGCGGCGGCGGCUACCAGGGUGGUGGUGGUGGUGGUGGUGGUGGUGGUGGCUACGGCGGUGGUGGUUACAGUGGAGGUGGUUAUGGCGGCGGUGGCUAUGGUGGUGGUCGCGGAGGCGCUGCUGGUGGUGACAGAAUGUCCAACCUCGGCGCCGGCUUGAAGAAGCAGGAAUGGGACAUGGAAGCGCUCCCCAAGUUUGAGAAGUCCUUCUACAAGGAGCACCCCGAUGUUGCUGCUCGCUCCCAGCGCGAUGUCGAUGAGUUCCGCAAGAGCAAGGAGAUGGCCGUCCAGGGCAAGAACGUCCCUCGUCCCGUCGAGACCUUCGACGAGGCUGGUUUCCCUCAGUACGUCCUGAGCGAGGUCAAGGCUCAGGGCUUCGACCGCCCCACCGCUAUUCAGUCCCAGGGUUGGCCCAUGGCUCUCUCGGGUCGUGAUGUUGUCGGUAUUGCUGAGACUGGUUCCGGAAAGACCCUCACCUACUGUCUUCCUGCUAUCGUUCACAUCAACGCCCAGCCUCUGCUCGCCCCCGGUGAUGGUCCCAUCGUUCUCAUCCUCGCCCCUACCCGUGAGUUGGCGGUUCAGAUCCAGGCCGAAAUCUCCAAGUUCGGCAAGUCGUCCCGUAUCCGCAACACCUGCGUCUACGGUGGUGUGCCCAAGGGCCCCCAGAUUCGUGACCUCAGCCGCGGUGUCGAGGUCUGCAUUGCCACUCCCGGUCGUCUGAUCGACAUGCUCGAGGCCGGUCGCACCAACCUUCGUCGUGUCACUUAUCUCGUUCUGGACGAGGCGGAUCGCAUGCUGGACAUGGGUUUCGAGCCUCAGAUCCGCAAGAUCAUCUCUCAGAUCCGUCCCGACCGUCAGACUUGCAUGUGGUCCGCCACGUGGCCCAAGGAGGUUCGCCAGCUUGCUUCCGACUUCCUCAACGACUAUAUCCAGGUCAACAUCGGUUCCAUGGAUCUGUCUGCCAACCACCGUAUCACUCAGAUCGUCGAGGUUGUUUCUGAGUUCGAGAAGCGCGAUCGCAUGAUCAAGCACCUCGAGAAGAUCAUGGAGACCCGUGGCAACAAGUGUCUGAUCUUCACUGGUACCAAGCGUAUCGCUGACGAGAUCACUCGCUUCCUUCGCCAGGACGGAUGGCCCGCCCUUUCGAUUCACGGCGACAAGCAACAGCAAGAAAGAGAUUGGGUUUUGAACGAAUUCAAGACGGGCAAGAGCCCAAUCAUGGUGGCUACCGACGUGGCUUCCCGUGGUAUUGAUGUUCGCGACAUUACCCAUGUGCUGAACUAUGACUACCCCAACAACUCGGAGGACUAUGUUCACCGUAUUGGUCGUACUGGUCGUGCCGGUAACAAGGGAACCGCUGUCACCUUCUUUACCACUGAAAACUCUAAGCAGGCUCGUGACUUGGUCACCAUCCUUACUGAGGCUAAGCAGCAGAUCGAUCCCCGUCUCGCCGAGAUGGUUCGCUACAGCGGCGGCGGCGGUCACCACGGUGGCCACGGACGCUGGGGUGGUGGCCGUGGCCGUGGCCGUGGUGGUAACUACACCGCGUCCAACGCUGCCCCCAUUGGCGGCAACCGUCGCUGGUAA